CCCCUCCAUCUCUUGUUCGACAAAGUGAAAGUGAAAUACAAAAAAUUUGUUAGUGUUGCGCUGUUUGCUGCUGGUGUUGAAACCUUCAAAGAAAUAAUUAAAUAAAUACAUAGCCAGAGGCAUAAAUAAAUUUGCACAACAAAGCGGUAGCUAAAAACGUUUGGCAAACAAAAUGUGUGGUGGAUUCACCUGCUCGAAGAACGCGCUAAUUGCGCUGAACAUUUUAUAUGUGAUGAUUGGAUUCUUGCUGAUUGGCGUCGGAGUUUAUGCAAGGGCAGCGUCUGUGGUCACGAAUCUGCCAAUUGUUGGAGGCAUCUUGGCCUGCGGCGUGAUACUCAUCUGCAUAUCCAUGCUGGGCCUUGCUGGCGCUGUGAAGCAUCAUCAAGUGAUGCUCUUCUUUUACAUGAUCAUUCUGUUCAUGCUGUUCCUCAUCCAGUUCUCCAUCGCCAGCUCUUGUCUCGCCGUCAAUGCCGAGCAGCAGCAACAGUUUGCCGAACAGGGCUGGAAAACGGUGCCACCAAAUCUGCGAGAACAAGUCCAAGAGAAAUUCCUUUGCUGCGGCUUCAACGAUACCAUCGAUCACACCGCCAGCAUCAGCAAUGCGGUCACUGUGAACUCUGAUCCCAGUUGCGAGGAUGUGAACAAACAAUGCUGCGUGGACUCGCAGGAUCCUAAAUGCCAUUGCGGUCCUUGUGGUCCGCUGUUGGAGGAUAAAAUCGAUUAUGCCUUCAAGUUGUGCGGCGGCUUGGGCAUCUUCUUUAGCUUCACCGAGGUUUUGGCCGUAUUUCUGGCACGUCGCUAUCGCAAUCAGCACGAUCCUUGCUAUUUACCCGCUCGGGCCGUCUUUCCCCACAAUUAUCAGUACUAAGCGAAGUGGAGAAGCAGAUGAAAUAAUUACGAAUGUGAAUGCAUCAAGAUCAAAGAGCCGAUUGGAAACAAAGGCAACUUUUAGUCAAAGGGACGAAGGCUGAUUUAUAAUUUUUACACAACAACUUCCUAGCAUGAACUGGCAAAUGGGAAAAUAGAAUGAAAGAAUGAAUUAACAAAAGGUCGUUUGGAGGAAGGACGAUGCUCAAUGUGCUAAAUGGACUGUUAAGACAAAUGGGAAUUCAUUUGCGCAGCUCGUUGAGCAUCGUUUUGCAUCUAUUUUGCGUAUUCUCAGUUCUUAGUUUUAAUUGUGCAAAGUGAUUAAGUUUUCCCCCCCUAAACAAAAACAAUUCGAGAUUAUAAUUAUGUACGCUAUGUUUGUGUGUUCAUUCUAUAUAUUGUAAUGUAUAUUUUUUUUUAAGAUAUUUUAAUUGUACAAUCAUUUUACACUUGUAUCGUUUUAGUUAAGCACAUUUGUUAAUUUCGUUUUGCAACUGGCAACAAUCAUAAAACCAACUCACAAAAAAACUGCUGUACAACAUUUCAAAAGAAAGAACAUUUCGAACCUGAUCUAAAUGUAGAACCAAGUCAAAUGUAACUAGCAACGGUAACUGUGUUUUAAGAAGCGUAACAUAUACAUAAAGCAUAACAACUUAUAUACAUAUAUAUACAUAUAAACAAAAAGAAUUAAGAGAAUUCUAUAGAUGUUAGAUGUGUGUUGAACAAAAACUUUGAAAUUAGCACUUAAAUUGCAAAAGAGGCAACUAAACUAAAACAGAAACAAACAAAAACAUAUAUAUUGUAAUACAUGUCACUCUCUUCUUUUUUCCAAAUA